GUGCGUAUGUUACGUCGUUGCACAUAUCAUCGUUCUAUCAUCGCAAAUUAUCAUCAUCAUCAUCAGCGUCAAGUUGUUUUAGUUUUUGAAAACAUCUUGUAGCGUUCAUGUGGUCCCGUAUACACACAUUUUACCAGUGUGGUUUACGCUUCGAAUGUGUGUACAUAAGCGAGCACCGAGCAGAGGAAUAAAAAACAGCAACUUCUAUGUACACGAAAAAGGACCGAAGAAAAUCAACGGCCACUUGCUAAAGCCAUCCAUACACACACGUAUGUACUACACGAGUGUGAGCACCAGCACCAGCUUGUGUAUAGGUAUUUUGGUGUUUGUGCACAAACAGCGCUCUGUGAGCAGUGUGAGCUGCUUUUUGGUUGAAAAGGAGAAGAGUGGUAACAAAAGCCGUCCAAUACUCGCAUAUACGUGCUCUGAUAGCGGUGAAAAAGAGAACGAAAGAAAAACGGGCUACGAGAAAAAAAAACGUACACACAAAACACACAUUCGCUGUGCAUUAUCUAUGGUGCACGGUCAUAAUGAACGAUUAGUCAGUGUAUCGUUCGUAUUCGCGAAAGAUGGAAGUGCAGUUUUAGUUCGUUCAUCAACCGAAAAGAAAAAACAAAAAUCAAAUUAACGAAAAAACUGAUUUUUAACUCCCGCUCUCUUACUUCCGCCGAAGAAAAAAAUCGAAACUACAGUGAUCUCAAAUGCAUCCAAAAUAAACGAAUUCAAAUUCGGGAAUUUUGUUUUUGAACUGGGAAACGCUCGCCCAAAUUUGGUGGGAUUUCGUUACAAAAAAGAGUUAAAUAACAAAGUUAUUUCAUCAGUUAUUGAAAACGGUGAACAUCACAUCAACUUAGAUGCGAAUUAUGGCUUGUGUUACGCAAGCACUUUCCUCGACGCAUUUAUCGUUCGUUCAAGUGGAUCUUGGAAAAUAGUUUCACUGCCGACGGCGAAUCAUUUCAAGCAGUUUAGUGACAGAGAUUGAGUGCAGAUCUGAAAGAAAAACUGAUAAAUUUUUAAACGUUUAAAGGACAAAAAGGAAAUUUUGAGUAAAUAAAAAGUGUUGUUAAAUAAAAGCAAUCCGUAUGGAUCAAGGUGGUUUUAGUGCAUCUCCGUGGGCUGCUAUGCUCGGCCAUCACGCAAUUGGACCGGCCGAUCCUGGCUUCAGCGUAGCACAUGCUCAUAAUGCAGCAGCGGCAGCAGUCGUACAUCAUGCGCACCAUGGCAUGCCAAUGGAUUUGCAUGUACAAGGCUUUCCAUACUAUAGAUAUCGAGACGAUGCAUUGUGCUGGACCGACAGAAAAAUGGAAGAGAUUGGAAACCCACCGUCAGUGAACGCUCGAAUUUUGGAAAUUCGCAAAGAAAAAUCACGAGAUGCAGCCCGGUCGCGUCGUGGCAAGGAGAAUUUUGAAUUUUAUGAAUUGGCCAAAAUGUUGCCGUUGCCGGCUGCGAUAACCAGUCAAUUGGACAAAGCAUCAAUCAUAAGACUGACCAUAAGCUACCUAAAACUCAGAGAUUUUUCAUCGCAUGGUGAUCCACAGUGGGGCCGCGAAAUGAAUAACAAACUGAAAUCUGCAUCGAGACGAACUCCCGCUGGAAUGACGAUAGAUUUGUUUGAACAGCAUCAAGGAACUCAUAUUUUACAGUCGCUUGAUGGAUUUGCUUUAGCGCUGGCUUCCGAUGGUCGCUUUUUGUAUAUAUCGGAAACAGUUUCAAUUUAUUUGGGACUUUCACAGGUUGAAAUGACCGGCAGUAGCAUUUUUGACUAUGUUCAUCAUCAAGAUCAUGCUGAAAUUGCAGAGCAAUUGGGCUUGGGCUUAGCAAGCAAUCAAAAUAUGGCAUCGCCGUCGUCUGGCAUCUCCGAAGAUGGUGGAGCAAAUCAGGGAACAAAUAAUCCAGAUGUUGCAUCAGUGAUGUCGGUCGCUUCGAACACAUACAAAGGAUACGAACGCGCAUUUUGCAUCCGAAUGAAGUCAACGUUGACCAAACGAGGAUGUCAUUUCAAAUCGUCUGGCUAUCGGGGUAACGAGGAUUCUGAUAAAGUAGUAAACAACGGUGGCAAAGUUGGUAAAUCGACUGGCAAUCAUUAUUCGGUGGUGUUAAUGUUAUGUCGAUUACGACCGCAGUACACAUACUCACACACACGGAAAUCACAGCCCCCACUUUUGGGAAUGGUCGCGCUGGCUAUUGCGCUGCCACCUCCAUCAGUACAUGAAAUCCGAUUGGAAACCGACAUGUUUGUCACACGCAUCAAUUUCAAUUUCACAAUCGCACAUUGUGAACCAAAGGUCACCGAGCUGUUGGAUUACACAGCCGAAGAAUUGACUGGUCGAAAUUUAUACAAUUUAUGCCACGCUGAAGAUGCUGACAAAUUGAAAAAGAACCAUUUGGAUCUUAUAAACAAAGGCCAAGUGUUGACUCAUUACUAUCGUUUUAUGAACAAAAACGGUGGAUACACCUGGCUGCAAACCUGUGCCACGGUUGUUUGCAAUUCGAAAAAUGCUGACGAACAAAAUAUUAUCUGCGUAAAUUAUGUGGUGAGCAAUCGUGAAAAUGAGAAUUUAAUAUUGGAUUGCAUUCAGAUGGAGAACGGUUUGGAGCACAUAAUCAAACAUGAAGAUUUGUCUGGUGAUAAAGGCGCCGGAUCGCCCGGAAAUGAUCCGUCUGAUGGCAGUCAGACAUCGCAUCGCACAAAUGAACACACGCACAAGACACCAAAGUCAGAAACACCGGAUCCAAGCUCACGGGCGAGAAAUCGUUCAUCAACUAGUUCAUCGAUAACCAAUUUGGCAAUGGACAAUACAAUUCGACCGAUACCCGAUGAACAUUUGAUACCAACACCAGUGAGCUCUGGAUCCACAGCCCGAAAGGGUCACAAACGCAAGGCCAAGCAUCUUGAUUCCGAUGCAUCGUCGAUGAUGGCCGAGCCAAAAGUGAAUGGCGUUGCCUUAAACAUUAACCCUUCCGAAUCGCAUGGAGACGAGCAUGGAGAGAGUUCGGUUAAGGAUUUGGAGAAUGCGAUGUCAAAACAUCUUCCCUCACCAAUCAAUAGCAAUAAUAACAAUAGCACAAACAAUACCACCACGACCGAUUUCAGUGCCGAUUCACUGUUGAAGCAGCAACAAGACAAAGGCAGCACAAUUCAGUGGAUUGGAACACAUCAUAAUCCAUUUCAUCAGCAAAAUGCACCGAUGCCAGCGACCGCAUUGCUGAGACAACUGUAUGCGAAUCGUGAAAGUGUCAUUCGAGCCACGGCUAGACAAACUUCAUCGGGCGUGUACUAUCCGGAUGGAUCAUCAUCUGGUCCUCUACCAACGCCACCCGGCAGUGAAUCAUCAUUUGACAACCAAUUCUUGUUGCACGGUCAUCAAAAGCCAGAUCCAUAUACAAAUUUGGUGUCACCAUACGGUGGUUAUCCAUCAACAAUGGACUAUCACAAUGCAAUGACACCACCAAGCAGUGUAAGCCCGCGCGAAUCAUCGGUUGGAUCUGUGGCCAACAAUAAAACCCUUACAAAUCUUCAUCCAUCAACGACAAACACAUUUGACUUAUCGGAUUCACUACGGAAUCAAUACACUGCCAACGGAACGGUUGCCAGCACAGCGUCAAGCAUGAAUGACACACUCCCAUCGUUACCGCUGAAACCACAACCGUAUUCGGCUGCUGCAGCCAUGCAUCAUGUCAACUCAAUCGAUGCUUACAGUGGCAUUGAUCAAUCGCAAUACUUCUCACAUCACACCGGAUUCCAUUUGUAUCACAAAGGUGCACCCUCAACCGGAUGGUAUACGACUUCAACAUAAAAUCUGCAGAACUCUCUGCUUAAUAUACUCAACUAGAAAUAUAGUAAUUUGCAAAGUGUGGAUCGCUGGUGACAAAGACACGGUUUUCCAUAUGGAAUAAGGACGAAAGCCUAUUGAAUGAACUCUUUAAAUGAACUCAUUUCAAAAAUGAACCAAGCAAAAGCGUGAGCAGCUUUUAACACACUUUAACCGUCUCCAUCUUAUGAAAGCGGCUUUCGAUGGUGUCAAGUAUAGAAGCUGACGAGUACUUUAUUUCAGUGGAUAGGUCCCGAUGUGUUUACUCAAAGAAUGAAUACACAGCAGAAAACGUAUGCAAACAAAUUUCGAACAUAUCAACCAGCAUCACAUACUAUAGCACUUAAUAUAUUGUAGCAAAAAACAGAAUAUGCAAGAAAUUGGGGCAUUAUCGACAAAUAUUCGCAUAUAAAAUUUAAUUUGUCUCGAAGCAGCACAAACAUGCAUUCCUUCGAUUGUUAUUUUUUUUUUUUUUGAUUGAACAAAUAAAUUAUUUUUUCCUAUUUUCCCCCUGUACUGUGUAAGCUUGUUCUAAAUUUUAUUUGAAUAAGAAUUUCGUUUCCAUUUAAAAAAAGUUUGACAUUCACAAAAAAAAUGAAGAGCAAACUCUUACUCAACAUAUACAUAAAAAAUAGUGUAAGUUGUAAGUAGUAGCAAAAGCAGCAAAAAAACAUAAUUCCAUUCUAUUGCAUCAAAUGUCAAAUACUAGCAUUUAUCGUAAAUAUUAAUCGAACAGAACAUGCAGAACAGCGAGGAAAACAAAAGAUAAGUGGCGCGACGAAUGUUAUUCGUUCACUGUGUAAAUAUUGAAUUUUAAUUGUUAAAUGUAGUAGAAAAGAUAAAAUGACAGCAUUUUCGCUGACGUGGAGAUGUGUUCGAUAUGCAAAUUCGUUUAUCAUUUUACUGCAUAUUGACGGACACAUACACAGAUUUCCUCAAAACACAGAAUGAAUGUGUGCAUUUAUUUUUCUUAUUGUUUUUUUUUAUAUAUAAAUUUUCGUUCAUCUUUUUGGUUAUUCAUAAUAUUUUUGGGAGGCAGAUUUAGUGCAAUGAAAAUGUAUAAUUGAAACUUUUUUCCCUUGUUUUGUUUUUUGGCAAACAAAAAUGACACAACGAAUUGUUAGAAUAGAAAUUACAUAAAUUCGCUUCGCAAUAUAAAACAAAUUGUGUAUGUAGGUGUAAUGGAUUUAAUGCUCUUCAAUCGUGGGCAAUAAAAAAAAGUUAUUUGCAAUUUAGAAAUAAAAAUAUGUGGAUGAAGGAGAGUGGAAACUCGAAACACCGCAUGAAUGACUUGUAUUAAGCCAAAAUGUUCGUUUUUCCAUAAAAUGCGCAAUACCUUAAGAGACACACCGAUAAUAACUGGGGAAAAAUCAAAAGAGAGUCAAUGUAAAAAAAAAAACAAGUUAUAAGGUGAAGCGCACGAGUACAAGGUUAAAACACCUGCAACAAUGAAAUAAUCUGCAAUCAAUCGCAUGGCAACUCACUUUUAAUAAAUCAUUCCUAAUUUAAUACCGCUGCAUUUAAUAGCUCAAUAGACAGUCUAACAGACAGACCGACAUACACACACAAAUAGAUGUAAUUAUCAAAUUAACUUUAUUAUAAUAUUAUCAUGUAUUCAUACAUAUAAAACAAAAAAAUGUUGUUUUCAUACAACUCGACAACACGAAAAAUAAAAUAAGUUCAAAUAAUCGAAAACUGGAUCGCGUUUUU